AGUGUGCCUUUCGUUAUCGCGCUCUUAUCUGCUUUUUAUCAGACAUUAGGAUGCGAGCAUUUAUGAGUUAGAAAGUAAUUAGGCAAUGAAGUACGAAUAUGUGGAUUAGUUAGUGUCAAAUUUUGAAAUUCAUUUCAGAAAAAACUUAAAACUUUGAUAGUUGGAAUAGUGUGGAAGUUGGAUAAACUGAAUGAAAAGUGGUUUAUUAUUCACUUUGUGUGAAGGAAGGAGCCUCCUCUGUGAAUUCAAAUGCUUUAUGAUUUGCAUAAAAGAUAAGUGAGUGGUGAAAAACAAUCUGAAGACAUUGUGUUUGUUUGGUUUAACAGAAAAAAAUGUUCGCGAAUCGCUUUGAUAGUGCUGAUGUGUGCAAAACCGAUUUUCCAAUUGAAGCAUUCAUAUCGUUGUCAGUGCCCGUUUUUUAGUGCUUUCCAUGCAUUAACAUAGUGUACAGCAGGUCGUGUCAGUUACAACUAAUAAUUUAUAUUUUUUAUUGCUCACCGUCAUGUUGCCGUACUAAACUCGUCAACUUCAUUGUUGUUUUUGUUACUCUUGUCGGUUACCACACUUUCGACGGAAUUUACUCAUUCACAAAUAUUUGUUUAUUGUGUGCCACAGUGAAGUUCUCGAAAAGUGCUGUAAAUACGUUCAUGUAAGAAGAAAAAGUCUUAACCAAGUCAAAGUAGAGAGUGACGCCGGCCGUCAUAAGAAUAACAACUACUUCUGCUCGAGAAUCUUCACGGCAAUUAAGGAGAUAAUCUGGAGUACCAACAAGACUGCUGAGAAGGCGGGGGACCGGUUGGCUCCAAGUUGUAGACUUGCCAUCGUUUAUUUGUAGUCUUCAAACAACCAGGAAACCAUGGGGAAAACGGGAUACACAUGCAUACGCAGGACGUUUUGUUGGCUGAAUAUUAUACUUUGGAUUUGCGGCUGUGCAUUCCUUGGAGCAGGAGUAUGGCUACGACUGUCAUAUCAAGGAUACGCUACCCUUUUACCACAUCAUGCGGGACUUAGUGCAGACUCGUUAUUCAUUAGCGUGGGUGUGCUGAGUUUCGUUGUUUCAUUUUUCGGGUGCUGUGGUUCAUGGUUCCAAUCGCGGUGUCUUCUCAUAACCUACUUUAUACUCAUCGUUUUACUAUUUUUGACUGAAUUCUUGAUUGGAUCAAUUGCAUUUUUAUUCAGAGGCGGGCUCGGAAGAGCUUUGGCGAACGAAUUAAGAUAUGGCAUAGAAAACCAUUACAAUGCAACGGAUCGCGGAGCUUUGGCUGCUCCAUCUGUGUCUGCGAUUUGGGAUAAUCUUCAACAGUCGCUUAAAUGUUGCGGUGUGACAUCAUAUGAAGAUUGGUAUGACAUCGACGCCUGGAAGGGUCAACGUUGGGUUCCAGAGUCAUGCUGCCGACCACAGUAUGAUGGAAGAACUUUUGAAAUUGUUGAAGGAUCAGGAAAUACAUCAGUGAAAGUUGACUGCGGAAAAUCAGAAAAUCCAGCUCUUUGGUUUGACAUCGGAUGCGCGCAUGCACUUCAAAUGUGGUUUGUUCAACGAUUACAUGUAAUUGGAGCCAUUGGAAUUGUGAUAGCCUUCCUACAACUCUUCGGCCUCAUCACAUCCAUGCUGUUAUUCUGUACAGUGAAACACAAAAGAGAAUCUCACACGUACAAAUCAUACUCACCCUCAAUCGAUCCAACGACCCGAACGAGUAGCUGGGAAGACUAGACUUAGAACGCGCACAUAUAGGUAAAAUUGGUUUAAUGUUACAUCCGAAGGUAACACUAGCUGAAUAAUAAAACGAAGGAAAUAUGAUUAUGUAAAAACUAGGUACAAAGUUGUAGUGGUUUUAAAGAUAAAGAUAAAUCUAAAGGAAAGAACGGUUCUGAAUUGGAAUUAGACUAAUGAUGUAUGGAUGAUGCAAAACGAUUACGAAUUCCUCGUAAGUUUCAGAAAUCUCAAGCAAACAUCUUGUUUGCGUUUCGAAUUGUGAGGGGAUUAUUUCCUUCACUUAAAAGAAAGCGCAUUGUGCCAAAUAUUAGUCUAUGAAGUAUCUUUAAUAUUGUUAUACUCAAAUAUCGAAAUAAAUUUGUAAGCAUGUUCGAAUAAUUUUAAACCACAAUAAGAUUGCGGGGAGGACGCCCAAUAUAAAUGUUUAGUUUGUUUAUUUAUUAUUGUUAUGAGACUUUUUAAUUUUAUUAUCAAAUAUGUAAGAGACUUUAUUCAUUGUGGGACACAAACAAUAUAUGAAAUGUAUAUGGAUGUGAUUACCAAAUAUAUCGUAAGCAACCACUGAUUCGAUUUCGUAUUCUUUUGGUUCUCAUAAUUGUUGCGUAGAUUAUACAUACAUACACUAAUAUGCAAAUGUAGUACCAAUAUCACUAGUAGUUCAUUACAAAAAUAUAUUUUACUGUUCGAACAUUCCAUUUAAUAUAACAUUUAUUGAAACUGCCUAGAUGAUACGGAACAAGGAUAUAUUGAAAUUUCGAUGAAUCUGAUACGAUAGGAAUUAGAUAGAUUAGAAGCCAGUAGUAUUUAUAAAAUUUGAACAAUAAAAAUUAAGCAUUCUAAAAUCAUAA